AUGCCAGCGCUAACGUCACAAAACUCGGGCUUCAGCCUAGGCAGAAGUUGCCCUUGGGCUUGCUCGGGCUGGUGGGACCCACCACGAAACCGGGCUGCUUCUCUUGCGAUGGAGCCAUCUCGGGCUCGCCAAGGGGCCCUUUCCCCCAAUUUGGGUCCUGCGCUGGACCUGCUCUUAGUACUUGUGCAGUAA